AUGUGGCAGUUGGCUAAUGAGGUGACGCCCUGCACGGGCAGCACAUUGUCAGGGGGAAGAGGAAGCGGAGACAGGCCGAGGGAGAGCUUUACGAUCUUUUCUGUCCUACCAGCCAUGGAUAGGAAGCAGAAGCAAGCAGAGAAGGCCAGGCCCUACGGCCUGCUGAAGCCGGCAGCUUUAGGCAAGAUCCCAGGCAGAUUCCAGCUGCACCAGGAGGCCCUGCCCCCCCUCCCCGUGCCGCCGCUCCAGCAGACGCUGGACAGCUACCUGCUGGCUCUGAAGCCCAUCAUCAGCGAGGAGGAGCUGAACCACACCCAGGAGCUGGUGGCCGAGUUCCGCAAGCCGGGAGGCGUCGGGGAGAGGCUGCAGAAGGGCCUGGAGAGGAGAGCCAAGAAAACGGAGAACUGGCUGUCAGACUGGUGGCUGAGGACAGCUUACCUGGAGUACCGCCUGCCCGUCGUCGUCCACUCCAGCCCCGGCGUGGUCCUUCCCAAGCAGGACUUUCUGGAUCGGCAAGGUCAGCUCAGGUUUGCUGCCAAGCUGAUCGAGGGCAUCCUGGAUUUCAAGACCAUGAUUGACAAUGAGACCCUCCCAGUGGAGUACAUGGGUGGGAAGCCCCUGUGCAUGAACCAGUACUACCAGAUCCUCUCCUCCUGCCGCAUCCCCGGGCCCAAGCGGGACUCCAUCGUCAACUACGCCCAGGGCAAGAAGCAGUCCAGGCACAUCACCGUGGUGCACAACUUCCAGUUCUUCGAGCUGGAUGUUUACAACAGUGAUGGAAGUCCCCUUACUACUGACCAACUCUUCAUUCAGCUGGAGAAGAUAUGGAACACCUCUCUCCAAACUAACAAAGAGCCUAUUGGGAUCCUCACUACCAACCACCGAAACAGCUGGGCAAAAGCCUACAACAACCUGCUGAAAGAUAAGACCAAUAAGGAGUCCGUGCGUACGAUCGAGAAGAGCAUUUGCACUGUCUGCCUGGAUGCCCCCAUGCCACGGGUGUCUGAGGACAUCUACAAGAGCCGCGUGGCCGCCCAGAUGCUGCACGGCGGAGGCAGCCGCUGGAACAGCGGGAACCGCUGGUUCGACAAAACCCUGCAGUUCAUCAUUGCUGAGGAUGGCUCCUGUGGGCUCGUCUACGAGCACGCUCCUUCAGAAGGCCCACCCAUCGUCGCUCUUCUGGAUCACAUCGUGGAGUACACGAAGAAACCUGAGCUGGUAAGAUCACCCAUGAUUCCUUUGCCGAUGCCCAAAAAGCUGCGUUUUAACAUCACUCCAGAAAUCAAGAAUGACAUAGAGAAGGCAAAGCAGAACCUCAACAUAAUGGUUGAAGACCUGGAUAUCAAAGUUGCAGUCUUUCAUCAGUUUGGGAAAAACUUCCCUAAAUCAGAGAAAAUAAGUCCUGAUGCUUUUAUCCAGCUGGCCUUGCAGCUAGCGUAUUACAGGAUGUACGGCCACGCCUGUGCCACGUACGAGAGCGCGUCGCUGCGCAUGUUCCGCCUGGGCCGCACGGACACCAUCCGCUCCGCCUCCGUGCACUCCCUCAGCUUCGUGCAAGCCAUGGACAACCCCAGCACACCGGACCAGGAGAAAACAGACUUGCUGAGGAGAGCUACCCAGGCCCACAGGGAAUACACCGAUAUGGCAAUAAGGGGCAAUGCAAUAGACCGACACCUCUUGGGCUUGAAGCUUCAAGCUAUUGAGGACCUCGUGAGCAUGCCCGAGCUGUUCAUGGACACAGCCUAUGCUGUUGCAACGCACUUUAACCUCUCCACCAGCCAGGUCCCAGCAAAGACAGACUGUGUGAUGUGUUUUGGUCCCGUGGUUCCAGAUGGCUAUGGAAUCUGUUACAAUCCUAUGGAUGAACACAUCAACUUUGCAAUUUCAGCAUUCAACAGCUGUGCUGAGACAAACGCAGCCCGCAUGGCACAUUAUCUCGAGAAGGCACUGCUGGACAUGAGGGUCUUGCUCCAGUCCACUCCCAAAUCCAAACUGUAAGAAGCAAACGUGCUGCAAAAUCCCUAACUAAAGGGGCUAACCCCCAUGCACUGAAGUUCCCAGGUUCUCAGAAAAUGACUGAGGCGACAGCUUGCCCUGGAACCUAGGAGGACAUCUACCAUUUGUUUUCAGCAAGAGGUUACAAAAUAGUCAUCUGCAGAUAUUAGACUCUGGUGAGAGGAGACACUGUCUUAAGACAAAGCAGAACUGACUGGUCCUCUCCCAUCCAUUCAAAGUGCACCUUCCUGUCCUCAAAGAGGACUAGAAAUGUGAAUUUUGUGGAACUGUAAAGGACUACAGAACGCACAGUCCUUACCAGUAUCUAAAUCCAUUUGGUGAGGAAGGUAGUUCUUCAGGAAAAGCAGAGAAGGUUUAUUGUGUGAUGGAACUACUUUAAGACCAAGUCUUUUUGCUGGUUUAGUCUUCUGAAGAGUGCAGCAUCUUUCAAACUUGACUGAAGAUUUUUCUUCUGCUCCAGCAAAACUUCACCAUUAAACUUUGGCAUGGGGAGAAAGAAGUUCUUCAGUCAGAGCAGAUCCAGUCUCGUUGGAGUGCACUGCACUACUGACCCCAGGCACUCUGACCUGCUUUACAGGUCCGGGAAUGUUCCCUUUCCCUUGUUACAGGAUGCUGGGAUCUCCUUUCUGUUGCACUGACCUUAUUUAAGAACAGAAUAUCAUUGUCUACAAACUAAGGGGUUUUUUUUUGUUCUUGUUCUGGGCUUUUUAUUAAGCUUGCUGUUUUGGUCCUAGCCCUUGACCUUCAGGCUCAGUGUAAAGCUUUUUCCCCACAAAGCUUUUCCAAAACUUCUCUCCCACAAAGGUAUUGCUAGCUUUGGCUUUACAUACCUUAACAUUUGUGGAGAUGGGAAGGGACAGCCUAUGCAUUUAGCAGGACACUUACUUCAUUGUACCUUUCUUUGGAAUUGGGGAAAAGAAAAAGAUGCUGACUUUCUGUUGACUAGCUAGAAGGCCACCUGCUUAGUCUCCUUCAGAGCACAUGUUAACCCACUGUAGUUUUAUAGCUUGCUUUCAGAAACAACAUAUUUGUGCAGAAUGUGUUAUGCCCAAGUUGUGGACAAAUAAGAAUGUUUCUGAUUGGGAACUC